AUGAACCGGUUUGCCAAGCGAGUGUUAGUGGUCCUCGCCUUGUUUGUACUCUUCAUUUAUUGCAUCAUAUAUUUCAAGAAAGACCGCCAUCUAGUUAAUAAUCACGAUGUUAAAAGUGCUAAACCAAGUGCAAUCAAAGUAACCGAUCAGAUGGAGAUAAAUAAAAAUAGUCUAUCUUACUGUUACUAUACCAGUGUCAGUGUGUCAAAGUUAGAUGAAAAAUAUCCAGCUCCGACUCUAGUCCCUCAAAAAAAUCCAACUCAGGCUAAAAUUUUUGACUCUACUUCAGGAGUCAUGGAUAUGACCUAUGACCUAACCCUCAAUGGGAACUUGGACUGCAUUACUCUCUAA